AAUCCAGUUUUUGCGAUAAAACCAGUUUGUAAAUGUAAAUAUUUAUAAUAUUAAGUUAAUAAUUGUUGAUUAGUUGAUCCUAGUCGUUCGCCGUCAAAGAAAUCAACCGGAUUGACAUUUUAUUGCGUUUUAUUCAGUCGAUAUGAUGUAUAGUAAGAAUAUCACGAUUCAGACCGCUGAUAAGGCGGUCGAGCAGCCUCAGGGAAGCCCUCCAGAUGUGCCCAAGCUGAUGCCUGGUGGAAACUACAUAAAAAUAGGACGAGACUCAGCUAAAAGCACUUACCUACUAUUCGCCCCACACGAUGAAGAUGUCGGCAUAUUGGCCAAGUACCUUAACAUCUUCAAGACGAACCAUGUGAACUUGUUGCACAUUGAAUCCAGACCGUCGACGAAAAUGCCCGAUUUGUACGAGUUCAUGGUGGAGUGUGCCCCUAGUGGUAACCUUGGAGGGGCCAUCGAGGCCAUCAGGGAAAGCAGCCAAUAUUUGCAAAUUAUUUCCAGGGAUUAUAAGGAUAAUAAGGAUACUGUGCCAUGGUUCCCUAGGAGGAUAAGGGAUCUGGACAGGUUUGCUAAUCAGAUAUUGUCUUAUGGUGCUGAACUUGAUGCCGACCAUCCUGGCUUCACUGAUCCGGUUUAUAGGAAUAGGAGGAAGUAUUUUGCAGAUAUUGCUUACAAUUAUAGGCAUGGAGAGAGGCUUCCUCACAUUGAUUACACUGAGGAAGAAGUGGAUACUUGGAGAGAGGUUUUUAGGCAGUUGAAGACCCUUUAUGCCACGCAUGCUUGCAAGGAGCAUAACCACGUGUUUCCACUACUGGAAGAAAACUGCGGUUAUAGAGAGGAUAAUAUUCCACAGCUCGAAGAUAUUUCAAAUUUCUUAAAAGACUGUACGGGUUUCACUCUGCGACCAGUAGCAGGCCUUCUCUCGUCACGUGAUUUCUUAGCAGGGUUGGCUUUCAGGGUGUUCCACUCGACCCAAUACAUCAGGCACCCCAGUAAGCCUUACUACACCCCGGAACCGGAUGUGUGUCAUGAGUUAUUGGGGCACGUGCCCCUUUUUGCUGACCCGGACUUUGCUCAGUUCUCCCAAGAAAUCGGACUAGCCUCCUUGGGGGCUCCCGAUGAUUUUAUUGAGAAACUAGCUACAUGCUUUUGGUUCACUGUGGAGUUCGGUUUAUGUCGUGAGGGAGAUAGUUUAAAAGCUUACGGGGCUGGUCUGCUGUCGUCUUAUGGUGAGCUCCAGUAUGCACUCAGUGAAAAACCGGAGUUCAGAGCUUUUGAACCUGCUAAAACGGCCAUUCAGAAGUACCCGAUCACUGAGUACCAGCCCAUUUAUUAUAUUGCGGAAAGUUUCGAGGAUGCCAAAGAGAAGAUGAUAAAAUAUGCUGCAACCAUUCCCAGGCCUUUUGGAGUGAGGUACAACGCAUACACUCAGAGUAUCGAGGUCUUGGAUGCCAAACCUCAAAUCCAACGCUUGGUCGGUAAUAUUGGAUCAGAAAUGUCCAUUUUAAUUGAUUCCCUCAAGAAGCUCUAGAGUGCCAGUUUAAUUAUUCUUAGACUGUAUUUAGUAUUUAUAUUAUUUAUUGUAAUGUUUUUUUUUUUAAUAUAAAAUGUUUGUUAGUA